UCUGCCUUUACGAACGCGCUAGCCUGUACGGUGUAGUUAAACUUGAGCGCAACUUGGGGAAAACGACUCUUAUGAAGAGUCUGACGUGUACUGUCCAUUAUUUUGAGGCUGGCGAAAUAAUCAAAAGUAUGAUUUCAAAGGAACGAGUACAUUUAAACCGUUAACCUGACAGUUCAAAGAAUUUAAUGCUUUGAUAAACAGUCACUGGUGGAAGAGAAGAAGUCGUAGCUAUGGAUACAGAACGACAGAAGCGUAAAGAAGAUAUACAAAAGUCUUUGGCAUUCAUUCAGUCAUCCUUGCCUUACCCUGAGCCUGAAUGUUACGAGGCAUUUCUGACUCAGCUAGUGUGUAAUUUGCUGGAUGAGGGUAACACAGUGUUUCGCGAUGGGGAGUGGAGACAAGCAUCAAAACAUUACACUGAGGGAAUAAAUGUGGCUCGCUAUGCUCAGUCUGAAGCGCUGGUCAUUCCCACAGAACUUUUAGAAGGACUGUAUGUAAACCGGGCAGCUGCGCACUAUCAUCUUGGGGAGUGUGAACGGGGAGUGCAAGACUGUGACAGUGCACUGUGUUUGUCAGAGGGAAGUCGCAGGGCACUAUACAGAAAGGCACUUUGUCUGAGAGAGCUGGGCCGACUCAGGGAGGCGUAUGAAUGUGGCACUGGAUGUCUACUCACUGCCCCUCAUGACAGGCAGGUCAGUGAGCUCGCACAAGAUCUAGCCAACAAAUUAGGUUUGAAAAUCCGCAAAGCCUAUGUCAGCCCUCAGCUUGAUUCCACAUCAUCUGGGGCAGACAGCAAUGGCGAAACUAAUUCUCCUACAGGGGAGACGUCAUCAAAUGGUCUAGAAUCUUUGACUGAUAUUGGAUCGGACCUGUCUAGUGCCCAAUGCAUCCCUGCACCUCUGGCCACACCAAUCCCAGUCAGUGAUGACCCACAAAUGCCCUCACUGAGCCCCAUUGUGUCCAAAGACAUGCCGGAUAGUCCAAGCCAGGAGCCUUCAGGACGUGUACCAUAUUCUGUGCCUGUAUCUGAACACAUGGGUGAAUGUGUGAUGAAUGAGGAAUGUCUGGACAUGCUCGAAAGUAUUCCUAAGGGAGCUGAGGUCAGCGUGAACCCAGUUCAGGGAGCCAUUCCCACUAACCUACCAAAUACAGCUGUGGGUUUGAGGCCUCCAUAUUCUCCUGGUCUCCCAGCAUCCUCCUCAACUUCUUUUUUUAACUCCGCUGUCAGUCCACUCCCAUCACUGGAGCCCUUCUCAGUGCUGGGUCAAAGUGAAUCCUCUUCUCAGAUGAUGGACUCACUCGGGCCCUUCAGCUCUGGGACAGGAACAGAAGAUAGUGGAGGAAAGGCAGAGUGUGGAUCUCUAAGCAUGGGUGGAUUAGAUUCUCUCUCCGAGUACACACUUCCUGGUGGACGAAUAUCUCACAGUUUCAUUCCUGGUUUGAGAAAUCAAAAUUCCACCACUGCAAACGGCCCAACAGGUACCAACCUUUCUCUGCUGUCACGAAACCCUCUGGCUGUCACCCAUGAGUUUAGACAGGCCUGUAAUGCCUGCUACAGUCGUAUAGGUCCCCGGGUCAUGGACUACCACUAUCAGCCAGAUGCAGCUCAUCGGUGUAAGAGAGACGUGCUUCUCUGUCGCCUCAAAUCGGCAGACGACCCCACCUGGAAAAGGGUGCGACCUCGUCCUGCUCGCAACAACUUCCUUGGUGCAUUUGUUCUCUGCAAAGAGGUGCAGGAGCGUCAGGAGUGUCAGUAUGGAGAGAACUGCACUUUUGCUUAUUGCCAAGAGGAGAUUGAUGUGUGGACCCAGGAGAGGAAGGGAGCUCUAAGCCGUGAGCUUCUGUUCGACCCUCUGGGCACCAAUGAAAGGCGGGCCCUCAGCGUCACCCGUCUGCUUCAGCUCCACAUGGGCAUGUUUAUGUUCCUCUGUGAGGAAUGUUUUGACAGUAAGCCUCGUAUCAUUAGCAAGCGAAGCAAAGAAAACCUCGCCGUAUGCUCCAACCUUACUGCACGACAUCCUUUUGAUGAUAACAAGUGCCUGGUGCACGUGGUUCGCUCAGCAAACGUGCGCUACAGUAAAGUACGCCCUCUUCACCCGCUCUGCCAGUUUGACGUGUGUCGACAUGAGGUGCGAUACGGCUGCCAGAGGGAGGAUAGCUGUUCCUUUGCACACUCUGUUAUAGAACUCAAGUGUUGGGUGCUACAGCAGGACACGGGUAUUACCCAUGAGGAGAUGGUGCAGGAGUCCAAGAGACACUGGCACAGAUUGGAACAGAAUGCACAUAGACAAAAGCCCAUGCUUGAACCCCACCAACACAGUAAUAGUAGCAACAACAGCAGCGCUAUCAGCAAUAGUGCCAUUGUCUCUGGGGGUGUGGUCAGUGGGGGAGGAGACUGCAUUGGGGGCGGAGGCACAGUAGGAGGAGCACUGGUGGGAUGCGGACGGGGUCGUGGCUUGAAUCUGAAGAUGAAGUUUGUGUGUGGACAGUGUUGGAGGGAGGGCCAGGUCAAUGAACCAGACAAAUCACUCAAGUAUUGCACUGCCAAAGCCAGACACAGCUGGACGAAAGAGCGCAGAGUGUUGCUAGUGAAAUCAUUUGAGAAGAAAAAGUGGGUGGUUGUGCGACCGCUGCCUUUUUCCCGUACCUACCCCCAACAAUAUGAUAUGUGCGUUCACGUCAUGAAACAGAAGAAGUGCCACUAUAUCGGGAACUGCUCUUUUGCACACAGUUUGGAAGAGAGGGAUGUGUGGACCUAUAUGAAAAACAACAGUUUGAGAGACAUGCAGCAGAUGUACGAGAUGUGGCUAUCAUUAACCAAUCAGAAUCGCAGAGUAGAUGGCACCCUCAUGACUCCUCCAGAAGAAAAACAGAUCGCUAUGCCAACUGACUAUUCUGAGUCAAUGGUUGCGCGGCGGCUGUCUGGAGGUGCAGGGGAUCUGUGACCCACGACGUGGUUGUCUGGAUGAGACUUCCUGUUCAGAUGUUCGUUUUUAUGGCCCUUCUCCACUUUAUCAGUGCCACUCUGGGAAGUACCAGGUUCUGCUGCCCUGCAAGGCAGACUGUCGGACUAACAAAGUGAUUGUUGCCACAUUUACACAUUUCACACACCACAUGCUUCAUUACUCAUUAACAAACACAUUUGCAUUCUCACCGACACGACACCCGGCACAGAAACACAGGUGUCAUGUAUGUGAAAGUGCACACUGUUAUUCCUGCAUCAAAGUUAGACUUAAAGACUUAAAGUUUUUUGAGUUGCUGAUAAAAUCACAUCCUCAAACCUCACUGUUCCCAUAGUGCUUUUUAAUAUUUGCAAGUUGAUUCCCCCACCUGUCAGUUUAAAGCACCAGUCAAGAAGCCACUCAUGUUUCGGUCAGCAAUGCUGCGUCAGAUGGCAGAUUUAUGUAGUGGUGCUUAACUCCAUUCCUGCCAUAUUGGUAGAGGAGUUCGAAUGUAUAGCCAGCUGUGGCAAUUUACAAAAACGACAUUUGUUAGCUAUAGAAUGUAUUUGACUUUAAUACCCACCCCCAGCAUGACCUGCUCCAUCAGCAUAAGUAAAUGCAGUUACAGGUCAUGCAAGCCUUCAUUUUCUCAUUCGAUUUGCAAUGGAUGAAGAUGGGGCAGUGUACAGUGAAGAGGACAACGAAAUGAUUUAGAUUGCUGUUUGCCAGUGAGUGGCACUAGUUCUUUGCCCUGGUCCAGUGUGAUCUGGCCAUUUGGUUCCAGUUCCACUGUGAUUGUUUUUGCUAAGAUUGAAUACAGUUCAGAUGAUUUGAUGGUUGAAACAGUUCUGUGUUGAUUUGUUGAUUGGAGUGCAUAAUCUAUACAAUCCAUAAACACACUGAAAGGAGACUCCUGCGAACUAAACCGUUCAGCGUAGUCCAGUACCACAUUUAUUGUUGUGACAUUUUGAGCACGAUUGGAGACAUAUUAGCAGGAAAGAAGGCAAAGCUUGCCCAUGCCUGCCUAUGCAUAGUUGCAUUCAGUACCAUAAUAUACUGUUAAGACAUGCGUGCUACCCUUAGUAAGCCUUGUCCUUACACUUAGUGGACAUGUGCUAUAUAAAUAUAUAUAUAUAUAUAUAUAGUUAUACACACACAUACACGUAAAUAUAUCUACUAUAAUGGCAUACUACUAAUGAUUAUUAAUAACUUAGCAGUUAAGCUUAAGCAUAAUCUUACCUUGUAUUGAUUACAUAGAAAUUCUUGUUAUUGAGCUAUGCUAUAUGACAUGUAUUGCUGAUUAGAUGGUUAGUGAUCUUUUUUCUUUGAGUCAUUCCAGGAUUGUCCGUUUUGUGAGGUCAAGAAUUUGCUGUCCCAAACUGCCUCAAAUAUUUUAGAAAAAACGUAAUUGAUGUGAAAUAUGCUAUAAGAUGAUGUGUUAUGGAGAAAACUUUGAUGUGAAGAAGCAGAUUUGGGUCAUCAGACUUGGUAGGCAUACUACAGAUCAGAUAAAAAAAGAUUCAAACUGGAUUGGAUACUAUGGUGGACAUUCUGGAAUGACCUAGUUGUACGCUUUUACUGAGGGAUCUUAUUAUUACUACCGCUAUUAUUAUGAUGAUGACAGUAACGAUAAUGAUUGCCAUUAUGACUACUUCUAUCCUAUAUGCUAUUGAUAUAUGUAUAUGUUAAUUGCUAUGUAUAACACUUUAAAUAUAUGUAUCCAUGUAUGAAUAUAAUACUUAACAGUGAAUUAUGUCUAUGUAUGCUUGGUGAACUGUCCGGAAGAAAAGGAAACAGAUUAUAGCAUUGAGAUUUUUGGGUAGUGGUCCGUUUAUGAUCUAUUAAUCUGAAAAUAAGUGGACGUAGUUAUUGGAAUUUUGAGUUCCUCUCCACUUUGUUGGAUAAUGGGAUACUCAUUUUAGUGGUAAAGGCUCUGUAGAAUGUGACAUCUUAACUAGCAAAUACACUUUCCACUACAUUUUUUAAUUCAGUAAACAUUGUGUAUUUUAUGUACUGGGACGGAACACAAAGCAUACAUGGAUAUUUAUGUUUGUCUGCAUAGCGCCUUAUACAAUUUAUAUACCACAUUUAUAUACAAUUAUAAAUAACACAUAAUCCUACUCUUUCAGUAUAUUGAUAUAUAAACUGUUAGAAAAUAGAUUCAAGGGGAUGAAAGCGUAUUGUAAAAUUUCCCCGGUUGUUUUUGUGAAGGUAGGGACUAAUGUAACUGGUUUUGCACGCAACUCUGAAGAAUGUGAUUAGAUUGAGUUGUUGCGCUUCACUUUAGGCUACAGUUAAGGUGGAGUAGUGUGCAUAACUGCGGAGAGAAAGAUAAAACGGAGAAGCGCGGUUGACAGUCUCUAUUACUCAAACAUGAGAUGGGGUUUACAAUCAGUCAUAUUCAUAUCAAGGGGUUAGUGCUGCUGGCCAUUGAAGGGCUGUAGCAAUGGUCAUCUACUCACUAUUUUCAUUCUCUGCUUGAGUUUAUCAUGAAAAUAAAAUGUUAUGGGCUUCCUGGAGUAAAUACGAAGGUGGACCAUAAAUGUUUUAAUAACAACCCAUAUAAAGCCUGAAAAGGCAAUGCAGGAUUUAACAAACAUGGUCAGUUUGUUACAGUGGAUUGAUUUUUCACUUGUUUAACAAGAUAACCAAUUAAAUCAGUUUUAGUGUAAUGAAAAGAUAAAACAACACCUGUUUUGUACUGUAUUUUUACAUUUGUUUGUUUUGUUUCUCUUUUUCCUCCCUGGUUGGAAGUGAAAUAUGAUUACAGUGGACCAAAUCUCAUGAAUGUGUUUAACAAUAAAUAGACUGUUUUAGAACAUAA